AUGAGCUCUCCCGGUAAGAAACGAGAAAACUCGAUGUCUUCGGAAGAGGGUCCUGAGGAUGUAUUGGGUGGACAGAUUGGAAUGUUUGAUUUCAACCAGCUGUUCGAUGGUAGUACCAAGCAUGCCGAGGAUGCCUUGGACUUCAGUGAUGAGGAUGAAUUGGCUGAAGAGAAUCUCUCCGGUGAGAGUAAACAGAUUGAUGGGCGUGCUGUUUCUGUUGAACCUGGCGUCGACAACGACAGCGACAACGACAGCGACAAAGACAGCGACAACGACAAUGAUAACAAGGGUGUUAAGGGCGACAAUGUUGAUGACGACAAUGGUGAGGACGACGAUCUCAUGAAAGAGCUUGAAAUGGAAGGAAUGCAGGGGGUUCAAGAAGACGGAGGGGACAUGGAGGAGAUUUCAGGUGGUUUGUUUGGUAAUAGUUUUCCAGGUGCGCAAUCCAUUCAGCAGGAUUUACUAGGCGAAGAGGAGGAUCAUCCGAAUCAAGAAAGUCAUAUUAAUAAUCGUUCUGAUCUUAGUAAAGAGGAACAGCAAGCUUUGGAUGAAAUGAUAAGAGAGAAGAGAAAGGAGAACAAUCGAAAACUUCUACAUGUGUUUUAUCCCUCCUUCCGUUCCGGAAAGCCAAUCAAGAUGCAAACUCUUUUCCCUAUUGCUCCUUUGGAUUUUCCCUAUCAACAGCCACCUCGUGUUAAGAGACCCUUGAUCCCCACAAAGAUGAGGUUUGAGAUUCAGUCGGAUUCAAGAAAAUCCUUCCGUCUGACAAGCAAGCAAAUAUCUAGCAAGCAGUCUAGAAGAGGUGUUCUGUCUCUACAAGAGCCUCGUCUAGUGGAGAUCACCGACGAAGAUUUGCAAUAUGGCAAAGAUGUGAAUGAUGCGGGUGCAGAUAAGCGCCGUCAUCAUCGCUACAAAGAAAAGAGACCUCUUUCCGCAUAUGACAAAGAUUUGGUUCUGGCAACGGCAGAUUGGGAUGACGAUGCCAUUUUGGAAGGUCCAAAAAGAAAGAUUUCUCGUACUAAAAAUAUUGAUAUUGAUGACUGGGAUGAAGGUGAGAACUGUCAAUUGAUUCUCGACGGUCUGUUGGAUUUGGAUUCGAUCAAUUUGAGGCUCGAUUCUAAUGAUCCAGGCCUUUUAUUGGAGGAUAGGGAGAAGAAGAGACAGCUGAUGCAGCAAAAUCGUGAUCAUGUGGUACAUGCAGAGAUACCACUUACAUCCUCGGCAUUAGAAAAGAGGUUCAAUAUAUCCAACGAUUCAUCCUAUGACAUUCUCAAAAAGAACUAUCACACGAAGGUGCGUUCCACAAUUGGUAAUCUUACCAUUGAGCAUGCACCUCCCGCCUUACGUUUACAGUCGCCGUUCUACCCUGUCAAACCUGCUUCAAGAAGUCUCAGAAUGUUUCAUAGGCCUCAGUUUUCAGUCAGCAAUCUUACCACUGGAGAUUCAGCACAGUUGUUCUUUAUGGAGUACUCGGAAGAGAAUCCUAUUGCUCUUAACAAGCCUGGCAUGUGUUCCAAGUUGAUCAACUACUAUAGAAAAGUGUCUGAGGGAGAUUCUUCACGUCCCAAGUUACCCAUUGGUGAGACCCAUGUAUUGGGGCUUGAAGAUAGAUCCCCAUUUUGGAAUUUUGGAUCUAUCGAAAGGGGCAAUAUUGUUCCCACUUUAUAUAAUCAGAUGGUGAGAGCUCCUAUUUUCAAGCAUGAUGCAGCGUCAACCGAUUUUCUUUUAGUGAGAAGUGCCGGUGCUGGAAUGUCUCAACGGUAUUUCCUCAGAGCCGUUAAUAAUUUGUUUACUGUGGGGCAAACUUUCCCAGCGGUGGAAGUACCUGGACCGCAUUCACGUAAAGUGUCUGCCAUCUCGAAGAAUAGGCUUAAGAUGAUUGUUUACAGAAUUCUCAAUGCCGACGAGCAUCGCAGAUUACUUGUUAAAGAUAUCUCGCGUCAUUUCCCAGAGCAUACGGAUAUGCAGAACAGACAGAGAUUGAAAGAGUUUAUGGAAUAUCAGCGUAGUGGAGAAGAUCAAGGUUUCUGGAAAGUGAAGGCUCACGAAAAAGUCCCGGGAUUUAUAGGUACUAGAGCGAUGAUCUCACCUGAAGAUAUCUGUCUUCUGGAAUCGAUGCAGAGUGCUCAGCAGCGGUUUGAUGAUGUGGAAUCCUUUCGUCGUGAGAGGUUAUUAUCAUUUGAAGGAGGUGAAGGUGACAAGGAGAAGCAUCAGAAGGAAGCAAUGCAUGCGGAAGAGACGCAGUUGAUGGAAUUGGCGCCUUGGAAUACUACACGUAAUUUCAUCCAGGCUACACAGGGCAAGGCGAUGCUUCAAAUCCACGGUCAGGGAGAUCCAUCUAGUCGUGGCGAUGCCUUUUCGUUCUUGAAGAUAUCUAUGAAGGGAGGCUUUUUGAAGAACGUAGAAAGUGAAGUGGGUACGCCUAUUACUCCAAAUGGAGGAGGUGGUGGUAAAAGGGGAGAUAAAGCAAGCAAUGCAGCAUCGCAUUCUUAUAAUGUUGCCGAGCAGCAGAAGCUGUAUGAUGAAGAGAUUUCAAAGGUAUGGUACCGUCAACAGAGAGUUCUGAGCUCGCCUGGAAAUCAUCCUGGAAAACCAAGAGUAGUAGAUGAUGAAGAAAUGAAAGAUGAUCAAUAUAUGCGUAUAGCUAACCAAGAGGUGAAUAAGGAGGUGGAUGAAAAGCCCAGAUAUUUAAAGAUUACCCGAAUGGUUAGAAACGGCUACGGUAUAUUGGAGAGACGAGUGGAGAUAGUAAGGGAUCCUAAAGUGGUAGAGCUGUAUGUUAGAAGAAAACAAGCUCUGCUAUUGGAGGAUCCUACAGAGCUUGAUAGUAAUAGCCUUGUGUUGACCAAUGAUGCAGAGGAGAACUUGAAGGUGAAGAAACGGUUGGAGGAAGAAUUGGCCAAGUUACAGAAGCAGCACGAGAAGAAGAAGAAGAAAUCCCCUGGUAUUACAGCAGCCAACAUCGACUCAGAAGGAAGAAUCAGUGGAAAGGGUAUCGGAAAAGGAAAAUCCACAAGCCGUCGGUGUGCUACGUGUGGUAUGUUGGGACAUAUUAGAACAAACAAGUCAUGUCCAUUGUACUAUACAAUUCAUAACAAGUCGAACCCUAACUAUGUUCCUGGAAGUGAGAAGAGUGCACACUUGAUGACGAUAGCUCAGGAAGCCAAGAAAUAA